AUGGCUCCAUCGGUGACUGCAUCGGACCCUAAACCCGAGGCGAACAAAAUCGGCAAGAGAUCCGACAUUCCACCGCAGCUACAGGUCCUCGGUAAGACCAAGGAUGGCAGGGACCUGAAAGUGCGCCGAUAUCCCACGUUCCAGAGCCUGGAGGACGAGCGAGUAUACCGGAAGCAGCACCUGGCAGCGGCGUUUCGCCUCUUUGCGGAUCGUGGCUUCGACGAGGGUGUGGCGGGCCACAUCUCCGUCCGUGAUCCUAUUCUCACCGAUCAUUUCUGGAUCAACCCCCUCUCCGCACACUUCUCUCUCAUCAAAGUCUCCGACCUGAUCCUGGUGGACGAGGAUGGCUUGGUCGUCGAAGGCGAUGAGCCCAUCAACGCCCCCGCGUUCGCCAUUCACUCGGAGAUCCACAAAGCCCGACCGGAUGUGAACGCCGCGUGCCAUGCCCACAGCGUCGCGGGCAAGGCCUUUUCGUGCUUUGGCCGCGAGCUGGAGAUGAUCACGCAGGACGCACUGCGAUUCUACAAGAGCCAUGGCGUCUACCGGGACUUCAAAGGUGUGGUCCUAGACCGGGAGGAAGGACAGCGGAUUGUCGCCGCUUUAAGUGGGGGGAAAGCGGUGAUUCUGCAGAAUCAUGGCCUGCUGACGGUGGGGGAGAGUGUCGACGAAGCGGCAUUUUGGUUUAUCAGUCUGGACAAAACCUGCCAGGCUCAACUCCUGGCCGAUGCGGCAUCCGCAGCGGGGUACAAGAAGAUCAUUAUCGACGAAGAAGAGGCUUCUUAUGCGGCCUUGCAGGUUGGGGGGCCGGAGAAAGGAUGGUUGGCUUUUCAACCUUACUAUGAUGAGCAGGUUGCGAAAACGAAGGGCGAAUUCCUUCUGUGA